CAUGCGCACAGCGGCGGCGGGAGCGCGGGCGGGAAGGCGGCAGGAAAAUGGCGGCUGAGGCGCCGCUGAGGGGGUUCCGCCUGAGGCGGGCGGGCAGCGCGCAGAAAUUCGGGGUGGCGGCCGGCAGCCUGCGAGGGCUGCUGAGGAAAGGCUGCCGCCUGCUGCAGGUUCCGUUGGCAGGCAGCCGGCUGUGCCUGUACGAGGACGGCACGGAGCUGAGCGAGGGCUUCUUCCGCACGCUGCCGCCGCAGACGGAGCUGGUGCUGCUGGGCGCCGGGGAGAGCUGGCAGGGCUGUGUCAGCGACGUGGAGCGGCUCCUGGCUGCCUUCCACAGCCAGCAGGAUGCUGUCGUCAAGGCCGCCCAGAAGCUGCUCUCUGACGAGCAAGCGCCCAGGAGGCAGAAGCUGCUGGCAGACCUCAUCCACAACCUCCAGGAGAACAUCGCGGCAGAGGACAGGCAGGAGGACAGCAAAUGGUUCGAAGGCCUAGAGUCUCGUUUUAAGAACAAAUCAAGCUACAUGCGGUACAGUUGUGAAAGCAGAAUACGAAGCUACAUGAAAGAGGUUAAUAAUUUUAUUUCAAAUGUUCAUCCUACAGCAAGGGAUGCAUAUAAAAGGAUAAUAGACCUGAUGUCGGAUAAACUGAAAUCUGCAAAAUAUAAUGGCUGCUACUUUGACAGGAGAGAGGAGGAAGCAGUCCGCCUGUGCACUACGGAGGGAUGGUUCUCCUGUCAGGGACCUUUUGACAGAGAUGACUGCCCGUGUAAGCAUUCCAUCAAUCCCUACAGCAACAAGGAAAGCAGAAUCCUCUUCAGUACCUGGAAUCUUGAUCACAUAAUAGAGAAGAAACGUACUGUUGUCCCAGAACUGGCAGAAGCUGUCAAAACACGAGAUGGAAGAGAAGUGAACUGGGAAUACUUCUAUCAGCUACUGUUUACCAUAGAUAAUCUAAAACUUGUACAUAUUGCUUGCCAUAAGAAAACAGGUCAUAAUCUCAGCUGUGACAAGACUAAAAUUUACAGAAAAAGGAAGCAAACCCACGAGAUUUCAUAGUGCUAUCUCUGAAAGUGACUUGUUUUUUACAAAAUCAUGUGAGAUGGUGGCAUUUUUAAAUAGCUCAUUUCUUAAAAACUUACUUAGCAAGUCUCUCCUGGCAAGGACUUCUUCCUUUAUCACCACCAGUGCCUUAAUUCAAUUGCAAUCUCAGAAAGCAUACGUUCAGAUCAUGCCUGAUUCUCCCACCUUCUCACUUACUACCAGCCUUCCUCAAACAACAGUGUGGUAGUGUGACUCAUAACUGUGUUGUGUAAAAGUGAGGCUAGGGGCUGACACUGAUUAUACCUUAUGAUCUCUUUCUCAGUAUGAUAAGUGUAGGCCUAAAACUUACAGUAAACAGAAACUUACACAAAAUACUUCUUAAAAACUGAGUAGACUAUUUUUAUGAACAUUAUGCCAAACAAAGAGUACUUGAAGGUGAUUAUUUUCCGUUGUGCCUUUUCCAGGUAGACAACCUGUGUCAUUUCAGAGGUGCUAAGUGAUUCAUUGGCAGAGCUGCUGCCUCUUCUGUUGCAAAAUAGCUGCACUCAUCCAUGACCCUUCCAUUUACUGUUGCAUAGCUGCAGAUCCUCUAGACGGAAUCGCAAGGCUCUGGUACAUCUUUGCAUCUGCCACCUUUCUUCUUUAUUAUCUCUCUCCCUGAUUUUCUUCUCACUAGUCUUUACCUCUUUAGCUUGAGCUUGCUUGAAGUAGCGCAUGCAGUUUUAUUACGUAACAAUCAUGUUUGCUGCCUUCAAAAAUGUUGCUUCCAUAAAACACUCCCUACCUCUCAGGUAACAAAAUCCAAAUAGAUCAUUUUCUAUUUUUAAAUACCAGCUGAUAACAACUGAACAUUCAGGGCCCGUCAAUGGAAACAACAUGAGUAUUUUUUAAAUAAAAAAAAAUCACUGCCAUCUUUGUGUGUGUGUGUGUGUGUGCAGGUAGAGGUGCAUGAGUAGUUAAUAACUACAUGACCAAUGCAGCCUAGAAAGAUUUUGCAUGGGGGAAGGUGCUUAUGAAUAAAGCAGUAGAUACUUUGUGCUGUGUAAAUGACAUACUUCACUUACCUCUGUGGAAGAGCUCUUUUAAUUUCUCUUCUUAUCAGUGGUUCUGUUACUUCUUCAGGUAAAUUCAGCUAGUCUAGACAGAAUUGUAUUAAGACAGUAGUGCUGUGUGAGCCAGAGCUUACAUUUCUAGGUCUUGGAAAUGCAGUUUUGCUACAGACAGCAUUAAUCUACUUCAAGUACAAAAUGUGAUCCCCUUCCCAAACAUUUCAACAUGAAAUCUAAGUAGGUGCAUUUUCAAUACAGGAUUUCCAGUACCAAUGUAUUGAAUUGAUCCCGAUCACCUUACUGAAUAUACACAAACUAACAGGUGAAAACACACUGUACUGUUUUGACUUCGGUGAAGUAACCGCAGCAAGGAUUCUGAAACAACGUCAUGUAAAACACCAUUUUGCACUGUGUGAAACUAAAAUGAGUGUCUGCGUGUAAAGACAUUGGCUAGAAAAAAGGCAACAGAUAUGGCAUUUAAGGAAAGCUGGGAAAACUUCAAGAUGGAGUAGUGCUGAAAACCGUGAAUAAACUAUUAAAAUAUUAAGAUUUUUCUGUGUUACAGAAUUAGAGUAAAAAUGAGCCAAGAACUAUCGUUGACAGAAACAAUGCAUCAACUGGAGUGGGAAUGUGAAUAAAUUAGCAUGUCAUGCAUAUACAA